AUGCCCUUCAACCUUGGAAUAACGGCACAACAGGGCCACCACCAGCCUCCUGAACCGCGAACACUGGACAUGACAAGCAUACCGCCGGCCCAUUCGCUGGGUUUCUCUGCAGUCUGCACCUGCGUCCGCAGACUCUCGAGUGACCUCUCCACCAAGAGCGCCGCAUUAGCGGCCUUCCACCUCCCUAGCUCCCUGAAUAGACCCUUCGACCCUCCGUUGAGGGUUGCGUCCGAAGAGCCCAAGACCAUCGACUUUGCCAAGGUUACCUUACCUAACCGAGAAGAUCGAGGUACUUUGCUCGUUUUGCACUGCAAGUACCUCCUUCGCCCACGAUCAAGGGCAGGGAACCUCAGGCCCACCGACUGGCACCGAGGCGUGUGA